CAGUAUAUGACAGCUGUAAAUUAUUUGAGAAUUGAAGUGAGGUUAUAAAUCUCCUACCUUAAAUUAAACAAGUUUUAAAGAAUAAUACGUGGAAAUGGACAUCGAAACAAAAAUCAAAGACGACAUGAAGGCUUUGGGCUGUAACAGUGAGCUGAAAAUAUCGCUCGCGUACUAUUUGUACCUACAUUUGGUCGAUGAUAAACUGAUGUACGACACCGAAUACUGUUAUAACAAGGAUAUAGACACUCUUUACAUCGUCGCGCGGCCGAACAGAAAUGAUAAACUCAAUAUUUAUGUGCCAAUUCCUACCUACGACGAAAUUAGCAUCGAUUUUAUUAACAAAAUACAGGAGAAUCUGUGUACGGUAGAGACCGGUCCGACUGUCAACUUGGCUUUUAUAGAAGGCGACUUCACAACCGUUAUUUACACAUUCACGAAAGGUAUUGUAAACAGACCUCCGCCCGACAAGGUAUCACAACAACGCGCUAAGGAAGGACGACGGAAUUUCAUAGAUAAUGAAUUAAAGAAAAAUAGAACAGGCAUUUUAAAUGAUGCUUUAAAUGGCGGCGUUGUCGAUGACGACGACUGCCAAGUUCUAGAUUGAAAAAUAGAAAAAGAAUUAUUGGGACUCAGAUAUAUGGCCUUACAGGUCUGAUAUUAAUACUUUUUGGUGAAUAAGCCAUUAACUUGUGCUGACCGAAGCACCAAAAAUUAUGUUUACAUCAGUCAUAUCAUUCAAUGGUGUAAAUGUUUGUGUGUGUACAUUAUCAAAUGUUUUGAUAUUUGAAAUUAGACGUGCCUAGUGCUAGAUAAUAAACUAUAGUGUGUAGUUACAUGUCCAAAAAUGUAAAUUAAACUAAAAUAAUCUGCCUAUUAAAAUGAAAUUUUAUUCUUAUCUUUGAACAUUCCAAAUAAAAUAUGAAUGGCAUUACAAAUAAUGCAUUUAAUAAACAUUGUAGUCGAAAUAAAUUAUGGAACAGAUUACAGUUCUUUUUUUAAUUAUAAUGGCUCUUACAAAGCAAUUGAUUCCGCAGUCAAAGAAAAAAAAAUGAAUACCUAUACUCAUAAUAUAAGGUAAAAUUAUGCAGAAUUCUAUGCUGUAGCUGAGUCAUACUGAUUAUAAAAAAUGUAUAAAAAAACUGAAUGAAAUAUUUAUGUUUUGAAACUGUAUGCAAACUACAGUGCCUGCUUUAUAAACAAGCCAGGCAGGCUGUGGGAAAGAAACAAUCCUUUAUCAUAAUAAAGAUAAAAGUAUUAAAGCCCCUUUCAUGUUUGUGAAUAGUAUUCUCAUCAUUGUGUUAAUCCUCUGAUCUAAGUUAGGUGUACCUAAAUUAUAGUGUAUUUUAUAUGGUCUACGGACUGUGGUACCUAUAAGGAUAAGAGGUUUGCUGUAAUCUCAGAACUGAAUGUAAAAAAUUGCUAUUCAAUUCUUAAAAAAACUUGAAUACUGGCAACAAAAAUAUUGAAUGUAGGAGGUAAGAAGUAUGUUAUACGGUUUAAUUAACUGUAAAUAUGUUUUGUUUAUAUUAAUAAUGCUAAAAACUGGAGGGAAUUUGAUAGGCAGUAGCAUUUUGCGUACCAUUUCUUGAUUUAUUUUUAUCUAUAAAUCUAGGCUCCAUCCAUAGUAUUGUAUACAAGCCAUUUGUGAAUAUAUAUUGGAAAUAAACAUUUUAUUUAUUGAAAGUACAAAAUUGGUAAUUUGACUUGCGUGGCCCAAGGAAAAUAGCACAAUUCAUAAUAUUUACAAGGAUUAUGAUUGUGCAUGGGAAAUAAAUCUUGACAUUUAUAUUAUGCAAUCCAAGCAUACUCUUUGCCAACCACAUGAUUCUAAAUAGUCCAUUUCUUUUAUUCUGCCACGCACAAUCCAAAACUAUAAUGUAGAUGAAUGAUACAAUGUAAUAUUCAAUAGCUUCCUCCUAUCUGUGGUUGACAGUUCUCUGAUGUGCCAUUACAACCCUUGAAUAAUGCUUCUAGCUUCUCUUCUACGCAACUAGUAGGUAUGUGUCGGUAUGUUUUCUACUAUCGUGCCUCCAUUCCAUAAUACAAUAUUUAUUUUGUGAUACACAUAUGUACUUGUACCCGUCAUUUUUAAAUGCAUUAUGAACGACUAAAUAAUGACACAACAUAAAAAGGCAGUGAAGUUUGAUCUACUAUAAGAAUAGCUGGUGUCCGCGACUUCGUCUGCGUAGGAUUAGUUAUUUUAGAGAUGUUAGAUUAGAAAAUUAUUUCAAGUCUCUUAUAUUAGCGUGGAAUAGAACUAGAUUAUGAUAAAAUAUAAAUAUUAUUAUACACCUAUGUUUUUUGAAAAAUAUAGUUAACAGCGUGACAGUGUUAAUUGUUACCCUACAGUUUCGGUCUUCGGAACAAAAUGAAUGUAAGAUUCUGACAUUCAUUUUGAACCCAGUCAAAAACAUCAUAAAUCCAGAAAAAAUAAUGGUUAAAUUGUUUUUUAGAAAUACUUAGAUACUCAAUAAAUAGUUUUGAAACGAAAA